CAUCAUGGUCGGAACCAAGUUCCUCACACUUGCUGGCCUCGCAAGCCUUCUGCUGCAAGCCAAUGCCUACAAGUUGAUCGCCUACAAAGAUAAGGGGUGCACAGGCGACAUCCAGGAGACCAUCGAGGACACCAAGUUUGGGGCCAACUGCCAGCACUUCAAGAAAGGAGCCGCCUCCGUCAAGGUCGAAGGAUCCUCAGACGACACGCCCUGGAUCUUCUUCAACGACUGGUGCAGCACCGGCUCGCAAGUCGCCAGCUUCAUCGGCGACGGGUGCGUGACCCAGGGCAAGACGAAGAUCAAGUGCGCCACCAACAUCAUCCCCGAGGGAACCUCGAAGAAGCGCGACCCCGAGGGCUCCACGGCGCAGAAGCGGACCUCUCCCGGCACCGUGAGCGCGUGGAAGAGCAAGGACUGCUCGGGCAGCCCGAUGAACACGAUGCGCUUUGCCGGCGAGAACCUCCCCGUGACCCUCAACGACGUCUCCUCCAUCAAGGUGUCCGGCGUCCCCGACGUGGACGUCGCGUUCGCGUGCAGCGACAAGAACUGCCACGUCGACCACCAGGAGGCCGUCCUGACGAACGACGACUGCAUCGACGUUUCCGGCAAGAAGGUCAACUCCGCCAUGGUCAUCGGCGUCGUCACCCCCGUCCGUCCGCGGGACAUCUCAGAGGACCGCCUCUACUCGCGCAGCCUCACCGCCGCCCUCGCCGACCGCGCCGACAGCAUCGCCUGCGACGCCAGUGGCGGAGCCGACUACACGGAUGCGCUCAAGGUGGGCGACAAGUGGCAAGGUGACAACGGCAUGGCGUGCUGCUGCCAUCUGCCAGGCGGCCGCACCUCGCAGAGCGUCGGGUCGGCCAAGGCCUCGUUCAGCGACAACAUCCAGUGCCCCGUCAACCCCUCCGGACAGCCGCCGCCGGCCACGGCGUGCCCCAUGAUCUGCAACUCGAUGAGGGCCUACGUCUAUGCCAUCGCGACGAAGUGCAAGACGGGCGAUAACAAGACUGGUGGCUCGGUUACCCUUCCUGGAGACUGGAAGAUUAGCUUGGGCCACAGCUAA